CAGCAUCACUGAAGGAAAUCCCGGCAGCAAGAAGGUGAUUAGAGCCAAAACUGGACAGAAAGAAUGAGCAGCCAGUGAGACCGAAAGGGACAGAGCAUUGUAGCCUAAAAGUGAAACUGAUAAGGAGAGACCGAGACAGAGACAGAGAGAGAGAGAGAGAGAGACGGAGAGAGAGACAGAGUGAGAGAGAGGGUGUGGGCAUAAAUAGACCUGGCAAAGAUUUAAAAGUAUAAACCGAAAAGGAACCUGUUCUGUUAAAGACAUUUGGGCACAACGAGUUUGAGAUGUUGAAGCAUGGACCGCGUUCCCCACCCUGAAUGAUUACUCUGUUCCCAGUCUCUGUUACCAUGGAUGUGCUGGAGUAUCUGAUCUCUAGGCAAGGCUUGUUUGGAAUGGUAACCGACUUCUUUGUGUCUACCAUGACACUCACCCUGCUGUCUGUUAUCAGCCUCCUGACCUACUUUGACAUCCUUGAGAGUUUCCGUCCAUUCCGUUGGCUCUGCAAGGUGACGAUUCAGGAUAAGCAAUACACACAAGAGGGCGAUAAUGGGAGGACAGGAGUGCGGCUUGACACUGAUGCAAAAGGACAGUCUCCUGUUCAAAGCCUUUGGUCAGUAGCAGAGUGGGUGAAACAGCUGGAGUUGGAGCUGUGCACAGAUCCCACUGAUCAAUGCUGCGCUCCCAAGUACAGAAGGACAUUUGUGAAGCAGCACCGGGAGAUUUGCCGGCUCUCUACCCUGUUGCAGAGUCUUUGGGGUCAGUCUGCCGGAUCUGAGGGACAGUCGGAGACAUUCCGAAACUAUGAAUUAUCCCGGGGCACCUUUAGCCAUCACUUUUCACCAGAGGGCAGCACAGAGCAGAAUAAUGCAAAAGUGGACAACAUGGUAACAGCCAGAGACAGAGGGAGGAUUCAGGUCUUAAGCAGCAAACUCCAGUCACUGAGAAUGUACACCAAGGAGAGGCUGCAGUUACUGAACAGCUUUGCAGGUUGUUAUGAAUCUUAUCGAUUAUCGUAUGAUGAGCUUCAUCACUGGGUGAUGCGGACCAGCAGGUUUGAGGAAUGGGUUCAUUCCCUUGCAUGUGACAAUGAGUCUCUGAUCAUCACAAAUCUCAAUCACCAGAAGAGGAUCGUGGAUGAAAUUGAAAAGAGAGCCCCCCAACUGAGCAGCUGUCAGGAGACCCUCAGGGAAUGUGUCCGAGUCUUCAAGCAGUUGGAGCUCCAGGCCGCUUUGUUUAACGCAAACCUCGAACACAAACAUGAUCUCCACGUGAAGGCACCCCAGGUCGAUACCUUCCCCUGCUCUGUUCAUGAAGAGUUUGAUGGCUUGAAGCAGCAGUUCAUCACCAUCCUGAGGCUAACACGAUGCUAUGUGAUCCACCUGCGGGAUCUACUGAGGAUUAGACACCAGAAGAAACUGUUCCCACUGAGCGCCAGGGACAGUGUGGGACUGAUCGCUCCCCUUCGUGAUGCACCCCUGUAACGGGAGAUUCCGGUUGGAUUAGAGAAUUGAUUCUGCACCUCACAUCCUUGGUUGUGAAAUACAUGAGGCCAGGUUUGAUUUUUAUGUUAUCCAGAAAUUCACAAACGUCAGAGACAAUACUGCACCCUGAGACAACAUGAAGCAAGCUGUGCUCUACUUCAGAAGGACACAUUCCUCAACAUAUCAAGGGAGAUAGAGGAUUUCUGCAAUUGGGGCUGUGCACUUGGAGAGAGUCACAGAGGAAAGAUCCGUUUGUUUUGUACUUCCCCCUCCCUCGGGAUCUCUCCUUCAUAAUACCCUUAAAAGACAAACCAGGGAACUGAGGGCUCCAGGAGGACUCCCCUCACCUCCACAUCACAGAAAUAGCUCGAUUGGUUUAGCAUCUGCCUUUACGGGGGACUGACAUACGGCUGGGCUUUGUCAGGAGGUGAUGGCCUUGUGGUAUUAUUGCUGGCCUGCUCGUUCAGAGACCCGGGUUCGAAUCCUAUUAUGGCAGAUGGUGAAUUUGAAUUCAAUAAACACAAUUUGGAAUUAA